AACUUUUUAUAGAACCCAACCAAACAAUACUUACUCCACUUUCACUUAAACUUUAAAACGAAGACAUUUUUUAUCAAAAGAUAGAACAAACACAUCCCUUUUUAGAAUCUUCAACAGGAAGCAUACUUGUUUAGGUGCUUUUUAUGAUAUCACUCAAUCUUCAACUUGUUUCAUUUGAGACAAGCUGUAACCCAGUCAUUUCCUGACAUUCAAUUUUUUACCAGGUUUGUAGAAGGAAGAUAUUGAAUGUGGGUGGGGAUUAUCGCAUCUCUAGAGGAUACACAUCUGUGGGACCAAUUGCUCCCUUCUACGUAUUCCCCUGCGGGCAUGCCUUCCAUUCAGAAUGCUUGAUUGCUCAUGUAACACGAUGUACCACUGAAUCACUGGUGAGUUGCUGUAGUAUUUUGUGCCUAAUCUUUUCUUCAACAAAGAUUCCAUAAGUUGAUUUGCUUGCGAGAUGGGGCAGUAUCCGCAGUUAGUCAGCUACAUUUAUUCGGCUAAUGUUUGUAAUGAACAAACGAUGCAGGCUGAGUGUAUUCUGGACCUGCAGAAGCAACUUACUUUGUUGGGCGAUGGAACUAGAAAAGACCUAAACGGCAGCAUGGCUGAAGAUUCGGUUUCAAGCACAACUAAUGCAGAUAAGGUUUGCCUUCUUUAGUCGAUAAUCACUGCUAACAAAAAUUCUCUUUUAAAUGUAGCAUUUUGCCUGUGCUCUAGCAGUUCAAGUUCCCUAGCUUAGGGGGUAUUUGUUUUAACUUUGCGGCCAUUGGAAUCUGCAGCUGCGGUCUCAAUUGGAUGAUGCAGUAGCCGGGGAGUGCCCCUAUUGUGGUGAGUUGAUGAUCAGAGAAAUCUCUUUGCCUUUCAUCCUUGCCGAGGAAUCACAGGAGGUGGAUUCGUGGACAAUCAAGCCAACCAACAAUCUUCUGAACCUUAGGAGCAUAUCUCUGCCCUCUUGACUUCCCCUUCUGCUCAACAUCUUGUACUUGUUUGUGUGUGCAUAUAAUCGUACAACUGGUCUGCAGCUUCACCUUGUUUUUCUUCUUCUUCACAACAUCAUUUGGGUAUUGGUCCAGCAAGUCACUAUCUUCCUAUUCUGGUGAGCGUUGUGCACCACCCUCCCUGGGCUAUAUGUAUAUAUGUUUUUGUAACAUUUGAGUGUUGUAGUUGGUAUGUCUGAAUCUGAUUCCUCUGGGCUAUGUCUAUGUGCUUUUGUAACAUUGAGUUUUGUAGUCGGUAGUUGGUAUAUUUGAUUCCUCUGGAGUCGCAAGAGUUGAGUCUGGUAUUGCGUCCAAGGGUGAAUCAGAAAAAUUCAACGCUCGCCGGAAAAGUCGCCGGAAAAUCAUCGGGAAAGCCUAUCCUCGACAUAUACUGCGUACACGCAUCCAUGAAUCAUCACUAAGCAGGUGCGUAAUUUUUUUGUAGUUUCGAACAAUUUUUCCGACGAUUUGAAACGAACAGACAGUGGGCAGAAAAAUUCCGGCGGCCGGAACCUGGCCGGGCCGAAAAAUUCCGGCGGCCGGAACCAGGCUCAGCCACAAGAUAUUUUCGGCUCAGCCUGGCUCCGGCCGUCAUAAUUUUUCGCCCGGCCAGGUUCCGGCCACCGGAAUUUUUCGGACCGGCCAGGUUCCGGCCGCCGGAAUUUUUCGGCCCACCGUCUGUUUUUGGAAUUUUUCGGAAAAAUUCGAUUUUAGGAGUUGAAUUUAGAGUUUAGGAGUUGAAUUUAGCGUUUAAGAGUUGAAUUUAGCGUGUAAGAAUUGAAUUUAGAGUUUAGAAGUUGAAUUUAGCGGUUAAGACUUGAAAUUAGCGUUUAGGUUCACAGGAAUAUUGAUGUAUUAUAUUGUAAUUGUAGGAAAAAUGUCAGAGUGGUUACCGGCCGAUCAUGAUUACACACAGGAAUUUGAGAAUGGGAUCCAUUAUGCAAGUGUGAAGUUAGCUGAGUUAGCUGCAAAAGCAAUCGCUCAGGAGUGUGUGUUCUUUAUUGUUAGAGGAGCAUGGAAACCGAAUACCGCUGGACUACAUCCUGUUACUGCCCUCUGUAUGUAUUGCGACAGAAGUAGUAGGAUCGUUAAGUCUUAUAAACUAGACCCUACGAAGGAGACGCGUGGGAAUAUUAGUUCGAAGAGUACUGGUUGCAGUUUCAGAUAUGUAUUAAGGAAGUAUGGCAAAAGAAUGGUCCAAACACAUGGGUCAUAGAGGGAGUGACAAGUCGUGAAACCGGAGCUAAUAGAGGGUUUCACAACCAUGAAAAGGUGUUGUAUCCAGAACAUCACCGACACAACAAACAGUUUAGUGAGGCUGAAAAAGAGAGGUUAAGAUUAAUGAGGAAGGCGGGGGGUGAGACCAAAUCAGCAGAAGACGACACUCAAUACUGAAGGGGGUGUGCAUCAUGAUAUCAUGAUAUCAAACAGAUGUACAACAUAAAUUCCAAGACAAGAUUGGAUGAGAUGGGUGAAAUGGAUGCUAUACAGUUUGCGCUUCACGGAGCUGAACAGCGUGGGUACCAUAUCUGUUUGCAAAAGGACUCUAAUAAUGUGCUCACUAAUCUGUUUUUUGCGCACCCGACGUCCAUUCAGAUGUUGCAUGCAUGGCCGUACGUCAUCCUCAUUGACUCGACCUACAAGACCAACAGGUACGGCUGGCCAUGGGUUGAGAUUAUUGGGGUUACUCCAGUCAAGAAGAAUUUCAACAUUGCAUGUGCAAUUAUUAAGCAGGAAACAAAGGAAUCAUAUGAGUGGCGGCUGCGAUGUAUUAAAAGGUUGCUCGGUGAUACGGUUCCGAAUGUCAUUGUGACAGACAAGAAGGUGGUUUGCUUGCUUCUAUUCCUGUGGUCUUCCCUCUCCCACAUACUGUCCACCUACUAUGUUUAUGGCACGUCAACAACUGUGUGAAGCAAAAGUUUGAGCAAUUACUGGGUGGAAUUGCAAACAGAGAGGUAGCGCAUGCGGUAUGGAAGAAAUAUUUCAACAAAGCUGCAUGGAGUUGGACUCAGGAGAGUUUUCUUCAAAAGAUUAAUGAGUUUGAGAGGGUCUGGACAGAGAAGAACAUAAAAAUGGUCGACUACGUGCGAGGUGAGUGGUUGCCUCAUCAGACAAUGUGGGAAAAGUGCUACAAGAACCAUGUGUUUCAUCUUUGUAACACGAGCUCGAAUAGAGUUGAGUCAUCUCACUCUUCAUUCAAGACUUUCCUUGUGUCUGGUAGAGGAGCGAUCGACACUUGUUUUGCGAAGAACCACAACUACAUGGAACAUCAGUUUCUGGAAGUGGUGAAUGAACUGCACGAGUCAAUGAACCGCAAUCUGAGUAGGGCAAUUGAGCCUCCGUGCACGUUUUUGAGGAGGGUCGUUAGUUGUGAGGCAAUCAAACUCAGCCGAGACCACUCGUGAUGCAGCACCCUAGUUCCUCCCAUGAGAACCAGACGCCCGUGAUGCCGAACGAGCAACUACAGUAGGAGCCUCUAACUCAUCCUCCCCUAAAUUUGCCUGUGACUGAUGUCCAAUAUCUCGAGAGCGCUUCUUCUCCUUAUUCUUCCUUCGUGCCGAUGCAUCAACAACCCUACCAUUGAAUCUAUGCAACUCACUCCCACCCGCAUCACCCGCAUCAUCCAUAUCUAAUUAUCUACAAAUUUACACAAUAUCAUACUUAGAUGCGCACUAAUUAAUUAAAUUUCUAACUACUAUACUAUUAACAUUAAUUGUUAAUUAAUCACAAAUUAAUUAAUUUUCUAUUAACUAAUGUACUGAAUAUUAACAUUAAUUGUUAAAUCAAUUCUUAAUUAAUUAAAAUUCUAUUAACUAAUCUAAGUAAUUAAACAUUCAUACGCCUAUUAUAAAAAAAAUAUAUUUAUACACCAACUUAAAUAAAUAUUAACAUUAAUUGCUAAUUUCUAUUAACUAAUUAACUAAUUUUUUAUUGACUAAUUAAUUAUCAUAUUAAAUUAAAUUAAAUACAAAAACUGGCCGGGCCGAAAGAAUUUUGCGGCCGGUGCGCCGCCGGGCCGAAAACAGUUUGCGGCCGGUGCGUCGGCCGGCCAAAAAAAUUUGCGGCCGUAGCGACGUCGGGCCGAAAAACAUUUGCGGCCGGUGCGACGCCCGGCCGAAAAAUUCUUUCGGCCCGACGUCGCUCCGGCCGCAAAUUUUUUUCGUCCAGCCGACGAACACGCCGCCGGAAAAUUUCACGCCGAAAAAAAUUUGCGGCCGAGGCGUCGCCGGGCCGAAAGAAUUUUUCGGCCGGCCGUAAAUUUUUUUCGGCUCUGCGGCGUUCGGGCGGCAAUUUUUUUCGGCCCGCCGUGUUUUUCGCCGGAAAACUGGAAAACUUGUUGCAAAACUGGAAAGCUGGCCAGAAAAAGUAAACUUGUUUUCCGACGAUUGAGGGCGACGGGAGGUUAGCCGACGAUGGAAGAACGGUGCCUGCGACGGAGGCACUGGUGGGCUCGUCAACAGAAGUUUUUGUUGGAAUGAGUCAAUUGUUCCUGAUAUCCGAAUUUAUAGAAUGAAAGGAAGGGAAGGAAGGGAAAAUUAAAAAUUUGAAUUCAAA